CUGCCUGCCCGCCCGCCUCUGAUGCAGCCAACCUGACGUGCGCCGCGGCCAAUAGGGUGCCGCCCCCGGGGGCGUUGCUGCCAGAUAAUUGGUUGGCAGGAGCCGAGCGCUGCGCAAAAACAGCAAAGCCGAGCGCUCUGGGCUCAGAAACUGCCGGCAGAGAUCAGAGGAGCGGAGCCGGGCUGGAGCCGGGACGGGAGGAGAGCGGCGGCAGCGGCAGCGGCAGCAGCAGCAGCAAGCAAAGAGAGGGGUUAGGAGCAAAAGCAGCAAGAGAGGAAAAAAAGCAAAACUGAUCGGCACGUCCAUAAAACGCAGAGUGAUGAUGAUGAACGUAAUAAUAGCAAUAAGAGAAGAAAAUGAAAGACUAUUGAUAGAAGAGAGAAAAAUCUAAGAUCUUUAAAUAAAAAGAGGAAAUCCCAGAGAAAUCAGGGAAUGAAAGUUUGGGGAGAGAAGCUGCUCUCUGCCGUUUUUGAUAUGAAACGUUUUUGCGGGUUAUAAUUUUUUUUCUUUUUUUUUUUCUUUUUUUCUAAUUUCGCGGUUUUCUGCCUUUUUCUUGCCUCCGAAGAGGGCAUGUCCACCGGCUCCGCCAGCAGCGUCUCCCCCUCCGGCUCCCACCAGGAAGACAAACCGAGGACAAUCCUGAAAUACAAAAAUUUCUUCCCUGGGAUUUGCUGCUGCUGCUGCCGCUGUUGCUGCCGCGGUGCAGUGCCAAGACUCUCGGAAUAAAUAAAAGCGGGCUACUGUGUGUCUGUAGAUGCGGGCAGCUAAUAGCUAUUAUUAGUUGGCCAUUGAUUUUGAAGAUCACAGAUGAAGUGGGGACGCCUUUCUUCUUCAUUUGGUCAGCGUGUGAAACAAUAAUACUCGUAACAAAUAGGAGGGAGAUGGGGGUGAAAAAAAUCUUGACAUGAUUCAGAAGAAAUAAUACCUAGCGCACUCCCCCCUAAGCCGGAGCCCCCCUUCCUUCCCCCUCCCCGCUCCCUCUCUCGCCACACGCUCGCAGGCGCGGACACACACACACACACUCACACACACAGAGUCGCGCACACACAUCCACACACAGACGCACGCACUGUGCUGUGUGCUUUCGGAGGAGGAGGUGGUUGGAGGCUUUUGGAAAAGGAGGAAGAGGUGGCGUUGGGGAGGGGGGGAUCUCUUUCCCCGUUGGAGAUGAUCGUGCUAUUCCUCUUUGCCUCGCUCUGGAUGCUGGAGGGGGCCCUCGGCCAGCUCCAUUACACGGUGCAGGAAGAACAGGAGCAUGGCACAUUCGUGGGGAAUAUCGCCGAAGACCUGGGCUUGGACAUUACAAAACUUUCGGCUCGCCGCUUCCAGACGGCGUCCAACUCCCGCAGCCCUUACCUGGAGCUCAACUUGGAGACCGGGGUGCUCUACGUGAACGAGAAGAUCGACCGCGAGCAGAUCUGCAAGCAGAGCCCCUCCUGUCUGCUGCAUCUGGAGGUCUUCCUGGAGAACCCCCUCGAGCUGUUCCGGGUGGAGAUCGAGGUGCUGGACAUCAACGACAACCCACCCUCCUUCCCCGAGCCCGACCUCACCGUGGAGAUCUCGGAGAGCGCCACGCCGGGCACCCGCUUCCCCCUGGAGAGCGCCUUCGACCCCGACGUGGGCACCAACUCGCUGCGCACCUACGAGAUCACUCCCAACAGCUACUUCUCACUCGACGUGCAGACGCAGGGCGACGGCAACCGCUUCGCCGAGCUGGUGCUGGACAAGCCGCUGGACCGUGAGCAGCAGGCGGUGCACCGCUACGUGCUGACCGCGGUGGACGGCGGGCAGCCCCAGCAGCGCACCGGCACCGCCCUGCUCACCAUCAGGGUACUGGACUCCAACGACAACGUCCCCGCCUUCGAGCAGCCCGUCUACACCGUGUCGCUGCCGGAGAACUCGCCGCCGGGCACGCUGGUGCUGCAGCUCAACGCCAGCGACCCCGACGAGGGGCAGAACGGCGAGGUCAUCUACUCCUUCAGUAGCCACAUCUCGGCCCGCGCCCGGGAGCUCUUCGGCAUCGCGCCGCGCACCGGGCGCCUGGAGGUGAGCGGCGAGCUGGACUACGAGGAGAGCAGCGUGUACCAGGUGUACGUGCAAGCAAAGGACCUGGGGCCCAACGCCGUGCCGGCGCACUGCAAGGUGCUGGUGCGGGUGCUGGACGCCAACGACAACGCGCCCGAGAUCAGCUUCUCCACCGUGAAGGAGGCGGUGAGCGAGGCAGCAGCGCCGGGCACCGUGGUGGCCCUCUUCAGCGUCUCGGACCGCGACUCGGAGGAGAACGGGCAGGUGCAGUGCGAGCUGCUGCAGGGCGACGCGCCCUUUCGCCUCAAGAGCUCGUUCAAGAACUACUACACCAUCGUCACCGAGGGGCCGCUGGACCGCGAGCAGCCGGGCGGCGACGCCUAUACGCUGACGGUGGUGGCGCGGGACCGCGGCGAGCCGCCGCUCAGCACCAGCAAAUCCAUCCAGGUGCGGGUGAGCGACGUGAACGACAACGCGCCGCGCUUCAGCCAGCCCGUCUACCAGGUGUACGUGAGCGAGAACAACGUGCCCGGUGCCUACAUCUACGCCGUCAGCGCCACCGACCGGGACCAGGGCGCCAACGCCCAGCUCGCCUACUCCAUCCUGGAGAGCCAGAUCCAGGGCAUGUCCGUCUUCACCUACGUCUCCAUCAACUCCGAGAACGGCUUCCUCUACGCGCUCCGCUCCUUCGACUACGAGCAGCUCAAGGAGUUCAGCUUCCAGGUGGAGGCUCGCGACGCCGGAGAGGAGCCGCAGCCGCUGGCCGGCAACGCCACCGUCAAUAUCAUAGUCGUGGACCAGAACGACAACGCUCCCGCCAUCGUCAGCCCGCUGCCCGGCCGCAACGGCACCCCGGCGCGGGAGGUGCUGCCGCGCGGCGCCGAGCCGGGCUACCUGGUCAGCCGCGUGGCGGCGGUGGACGCCGACGACGGCGACAACGCCCGCCUCACCUACAGCAUCGUGCGGGGCAACGAGGCCAGCCUCUUCCGCAUGGACUGGCGCACGGGCGAGCUGCGCACGGCGCGCAGGGUGCCGGCCAAGCGCGACCCGCAGCGGCCCUACGAGCUGGUGGUCGAGGUGCGCGACCACGGGCAGCCGCCGCUCUCUUCCACCGCCUCCAUCCAGGUGGUGCUGGUGGACGGCGCGGCCGAGCGGCCCGGAGGCGGCGGCGGCGGAGCGCUGGGUGCGGGGGUGGGCGCGGGGGGCGGCGGCGGAGGCGGAGAGCAUCGGCCCAGCCGCUCCGGGGGGGACACCUCGCUCGACCUCACCCUCAUCCUCAUCAUCGCCUUGGGCUCCGUCUCGUUCAUCUUCUUGCUGGCCAUGAUCGUACUGGCCGUGCGCUGCCAGAAGGAGAAGAAGCUCAACAUCUAUACCUGCCUGGCCAGCGACUGCUGCCUGGGCUGCUGCUGCUGCUGCCCCUGCUGCAGCCGCCAGGCGCGGGCCCGCAAGAAGAAACUCAGCAAGUCGGACAUCAUGCUGGUGCAGAGCUCUAACGCGCCCAGCAACCCAGCGCAGGUGCCGGUGGAGGAGUCGGGCAGCUUCGGAUCCCACCACCACAACCAGAACUACUGCUACCAGGUCUGCCUCACUCCCGAGUCCGCCAAGACCGACCUGAUGUUCCUCAAGCCCUGCAGCCCCUCCCGCAGCACCGACGCCGAGCACAACCCUUGCGGUGCCAUCGUGACCGGCUACGCCGACCAGCAGCCUGACAUCAUCUCCAACGGCAGCAUCCUGUCCAGCGAGACGAAACAUCAGCGUGCUGAGCUCAGUUAUCUAGUUGACAGACCCCGACGGGUAAACAGUUCUGCAUUCCAGGAAGCAGACAUAGUAAGCUCUAAGGACAGUGGUCAUGGAGACAGUGAGCAAGGAGACAGUGAUCAUGAUGCCACUAAUCGAGGUCAAUCCUCUGGCAUGGAUCUCUUCUCCAAUUGCACAGAGGAAUGUAAAGCACUGGGCCACUCAGAUCGGUGCUGGAUGCCUUCCUUUGUCCCGUCUGACGGACGCCAAGCUGCAGAUUACCGCAGCAAUCUGCAUGUACCUGGCAUGGACUCCGUUCCAGACACUGAAGUGUUUGAAACACCAGAAGCCCAGCCGGGGGCAGAAAGAUCCUUCUCCACUUUCGGCAAAGAGAAGUCUCUUCACAACACUCUGGAGAGGAAGGAGUUGGAUGGACUGCUGUCUAAUACACGAGCGCCUUACAAACCACCAUAUUUGAUGGGGAAGAUACCUGUUGCAUCCAGCCAACUUCCAUUGAAAUUGAAUUGUUCAGCAUGUCCAUGUAUUUCAUCAUGCUACUAGGUGCCUAUCUGCAGUGGUAGGUAUGUAAAUGCCUUUAAACAUUAGCCUUUUGUAUCUGUCUCUUCUAAGUGUGUUACUAAUGUCUAAGGACUCUGAUUGGGCAAAAAAAUAAAAAUAAAAUGAAGUAGUUAGAAAAUAUUUAGGAUGCAUAUUAAGGAGAAGUAUCUACAUUGGUAAACUGGAGUAGGGAAAGUUCUGAUACCUCCUUCUUUAAAGAUUUUUAAGAAGAGUUAAAAAAAAAUACAUGUCAGGGAUGAUAUAAGUGUACUUAAACUUGCCUCAGAGAAAUGGCAUGGACUAGCCUCUCAGUCCUGUUCUAUAAUUUUCAUCAUAAGGCAUACUGAGCUUCAGAGGAUGUUACCUGUACACAGCUGUAGGAAUAAAGAUGUUCUAUCCUUCAAUUAGGUAUCAGAAGCAAUAUUUAAUGUUUAAAUUUACAUAAAAACUGUGAGCUUAGUAGAGCAAGCUGUCUGUGUGAAGAACUUUCUUCAGAGUAAAUGAAAGUUCCAGCACAAGACAAUGUCUUGCAGAGAAUAACAAAAUGAAACCAGAUGUGUAAUUUAUUUAUUUAUUUUUAAAUUCCUGGUUUAGAUAUGUAGCAGUGGACAUAUAAGGAACUUGCCUAUUAAAUUUCUUUCGUUUAUUCAAGACUGAGUAUUGCAAAACUGAAAAAUGCUAAAAUGUUUCACUACUUGAAAGAAAAUUACCAUUGUUCCGUGCAGGUUUUAAUCAAUCUGCCUGAGAAGGAGAAAAAAAAAAAGGCAUUUCCAUUAAGUAGUCUCAGCUGAUUUGAACAAGGUGUAGUAAUUUUUCAACAUGAUUAAUACAAAACUAAGUGGAAUGUCAGUGCACAGAUAUAUAUUAUUUGUAAAGAUUAUGCUUCAUGCAUUAUAGUCACUAUAUAUGUGUGUGUUGGGGGGGGUAUGUGUGUGUGUAUAUAAUUAUAGUUCAAAAUCUGGUAAGUUGCCUCUGGAUUUUUUUCUUACAGGAGUAUGCUCCUAUCAGUAAAUUCAAAGAGAAGGGUAGAAACACAUUUAUGAUACUAGAAAUUUAGACUUGUUCUUUAGUGUAGAAUGGAGUUUUGUAUUCAACAUUUGAAUUCAGCCCCUUCCUCAUGCGUCACACCCACAAUCAAACACACAUUUCAUUGUCUGACUUUAAAACUUCUACCUGCUCACAGCAGACUUUUUGCUUUUUUAAUUACUAUCAUUCCUCAGGGUAAAAGGUGGAUAAAUAGAUCGUCUUCCUAGGCUGAUAAAUUGUCAUUGCAAUUUUGCAAGGCUGUUAAAUAUUUAUAUGUCUUAUGUGGAGAAAGCUGAUCAUAUCCUACCAUUGUUCCUUGUUCAAGUCUUAAGUUGUUUGGCAUUGGGACUUUGUAAUUAAAAUUUAUACAGAGUUGUAGGGGCCAAAGUAAGCACUGCUGAUAUACAAUUAGACAUAACAAUUUGAUUGCAAAACAUUGGUACCAGAUGUCUAUGGAGAACAGAAAAAUUAUUCUAUUUGAAGCAAAGUAAAAGGCAGCCAGUAAGACUUUAUUACGUUAUGCUAUGAAAAAUUCUGGAACCGUGAGUUAAAUCCAUUGCAAUGACCCCUACAAUCAGAGCUCAUAUUCAUCUCAAAGGUCUCCCUCAAUUUUUUAUUUUUUUUUUUUUAUCUGCUGAUCUGUCUUGAUAUGAAAUGAAUACAUAUUUAUGAACAAAUACAGCCAUUAAAAUCCAUUCCUGAAGCAUCUGUGUUUUUGUAGAUAUCCUCAUAUGUAAGAAAUGAGCAAGAACUAACGUGGACAGCUUUCUUGAAUUGAAACUGUUUUUGAAUUUGAAUUUGUUAAUAAAGUUCAUGAUAAUGUAUGUUGGCUGAGACAUCAGGAAAAAAGAAAACUAUGUGGGUGUAGUUCUCCAGAAGGCAAAUGCUUCAUUUAGGAAGCAUCCUGUCAAAAAUGUGUAAAUGUGAGUGCUGGAAAUCUUGCUGAGUCAAGAUGAAACAUACUGUGCCCAAACUUUUUUGUUCUCUGUGUCAGCACUGAUUAAAUGUCCUCUGGAUGGUUAACCAUGGUAGUCAUUCAGACGAUACCCAGAAUGGCAAAAGAGAUUCAGAUAAUGUUACCAUUCUUAGUAAAGAAAGGUGAAGACAAGACGUUGAAUUUGUAUUAAAAUACUUAUUUAUAUUAUGUAAUAGGUAAAACUCAGUUAAGCCAUGAAAUUCACAAAACAGUAUGCUUCCAAAUACACGCACUUCAAUGAUUAAAGUUCACUUCAUUAUCAGCUUAAAAGUGUAUUUUGGGUAACUCAUCUUUGAGUUGCACUAAGAGUGAAGAGUAAUGUAUUGUAUAACAAUGCCUUACAACAACACGAUAAAGUGAAUGUAACCAAAUCAACCUUAAAUUUCAGAAGCCUUGGAUUCAAACAUUCAGGUUCCAAAACUGAACUGUAUUUUGUAUGCAUCAGAGCCUAAUUCCAUUAAAGGCAGUGGUCAAAGCUGCAGUGAUUUGAAGGGGAGCAAAAGAAAUUUCUCCUUUCUUUAUGCACAUGCAUUUUUGAGCAAGAGCAAUUUGCAAUAAAAAUAUUUGACACCAAAAGAUGGGAAACUUUACUAGCUCUGCUUUCAAUGAGCUGUGCAGUCAAGUUCUGAAACUUGAUGUGGCUAUAUGUCUUUUUAAAACAGAGAAGUUUUGAGUGAUUUUAUUUCAAGGCAAAGCUGAAUGACAUCUCUGUUGAGAUUUUCUUAGAAGACCACAACAUAAAUGCAGUCUUGAAAACAUAAUAUUAAUGUUUUUACAAAUGGGAAAAUAAUUAAAAAUUCAUUGGAGAAGAGUGGUGAUUGAAAGUGUGAAUAAAGCCAGCAAAGAAAUACCAGCCCCAGUGAUGAAUGUUUCAGAAGGUUUUGCUUUGGAAGGUAACAAAUGUCCUAAUAACUUUAUCUCUUCAGAUUUACUCUGAAAGAUGUUUCCUUUCACAUUUUCUGGUCUAAGUUUUACUUGGGAUAUAGAAGUAGGGUAUAUAGAGGAGGGUCUCCAUGUAUCUGUGCAUGUUUGGUGAGAAUAAAAAAGGACAUAAAUGACGCCCGAUGUCAAAACUACAUAGUAAUUCCAUUGCCAACAUUACAGCUUUUCUAGAUAGGUUUCAGAAUUAUUUAAAGCAAGAACUUUAUAGGAUGCUGACAGAAGAGCAUUGGUGUGGCACUGCUCAGCCAUCAAGAGGAAAGAGAGUACUCUGCUUUUCCUAGCCUUACAGAUGUCAUUAAUUGGUAUUUAAAUAGUGCUUUGCUCAGGACAUAAAUAUAACAAGAAGGAAAGAUUUCACCUUGAGAGCUAUACAUUUAUUAUGGCUUUAUGCUAUCUGGAAAGAAAAAAAAAAAAAAAAAAAGAAUACAAGAAAACAUUAUUCUGCUCAAACCCCCAAAGAUGAGACUAAAUGAUGCCCUUGGAGCUCAUGGCCAUUCCCUUUUUCUUACAGGCUUGUUUUGAUUUAUAUUCUGACUAGCAACAAAGAAAGAAGACAUAGAGUGCUGGAAGUAAAAGCCAGUUAAUUAAUGCAAUCUAGGGAGAAAAUGCAGUAUACCUUGAAUUGAAAUAAUUAAACCUUACUGAGCUUCUGGGAAAGAAAACAACAACAAUAAAGAGAAACAAAUCAUCUCCUUGAUGAUUAGAUGAUAUUAGAGGUUCCAACCUUUAUGAUUCCAUGAUUCUAUGCUCUGUACACUUUUAAAUAACAUCAGUCACAGCUGAGUUGAAAAACAGUGGCUGGUGACAUAUCGUAGUCUUUCUUACACUAUGGGGGACAGUACGUGCCAGUCCUCAGCACUAGCAGCUCUUGGGGGAUGGGGAUGGGGCUUGGGGUAGGGGUAGGCAUCAGUAUCAGGUGUAGUGAGGGACCUGGGGCAAUAUAUACCAUAUAGAAAAUUAAAUUAAGCUUGCUGGGUUUAAAUUUGCUAAUUGAGUUGUUAUCAUUAGUUACUGUGUUUUGUUUUGUGGUUUAUUUUGUUUUACUUAAAAAAAUCUAAUCCAAGAAGUAGCAGUAACACAGAAACAAUUCCAGGCCAGAGCAGGAAGUUUACCUUUUUUAAAAUAUAAUUCAUUUUCAGACAUCCGCUGUUCAGUGAUAAAGGCAUGAAAACUAGAAACGAAAAGUAUUGAAAGCCUUCACGGUGUUUUACUGGACUGGAAAUUUCCUGUUAAUGUUCUAUCUGGAGUAAACUGAAAACCACCAUUUGCAUGCAGUUGUUAGUUUUUCAAUUCUUCAUUUGCACAGUGAAAUCUAAAACUCCAUUGAACAUGCUUCUAAUAUUCACAGAUCUAAAGAUUCAGGAAAAACAAAAACAGAAAUAGUCUUUUAUUUUUCUCAUCCAAAUGAAAACCUUUUGUAGUGGAAAAUCUAUGCGUAGCUGAAAAUUGAAAAAACAUUCAUUUCAAAGUUAGAUUUCUAUUGACUGCUGUUCUGUGUGCUUUAUAUCCUUUAUUGGUAAGCAAAAUGUACUCCAGUGUUGCAGCAGAUGCCUGUAUUACUAUCCUUAUUUUACUGAAGCAUAACAGAAAUUUCAUAAUGCUGUUUAUUGUAGAGGUGGGAAUAGAAUCUAGUUCCUAAAUCAAAAUAAUAAGAAAACCAACCAACAACAGUGAUUAUAAUAUAAAAUAAUGUAAGCCCACACGGGUGCUACAAUAUCAAGAUCUCCCCACAUGCAGGUUAAUGAGCUAACUAGCAGCCUAGAGAGCAAUAUGUAAUUUGGUGCCCUUGGUCUCUCUGUCAAAAGAAUAUAUAAUUAUUCUUUGUAAAAUGGGACAGCUUCAAAGAA